UCCCAAAAUCUGCAGAAGAGUUGAAGUGCACCUGAAAACUGGAUGGGCAACACCAGGAGCAAAACUGUCAGCAAGAACUGGUUUUCUUCUUCUUCUGUUUAGAGAAACCUAGCUGGUGUCUCACUGAGCAGAAGAAGUGAGCUGGGCUGAAACAGGAUCCUGCACUCCAGGUUUUCAAAUGGCUGAUCCUUUUCUAUAUAAUACUGGAGAAAGGUCUCACUAUGGGUGCCUUGGCCAUGAAGUACAGAUUGACUACCUUAAGGCAUAUGUUUGUAGACCAUCUUUUUCCACGGACAAAGCUGUGAUUGUGGUCCAUGAUGUAUUUGGAUGGCAGUUCCCAGACAUUAGAUACAUCGUUGAUUUGAUAGCAGGUCAUGGAUUUAUAACCAUCUGCCCAGACUUCUUCAAGGGGACAAAACCCUGGACAUCUACUGAUCACUGGGCUGACUUUCCUGACUGGUUGAAAAAUCAUGAUCCUAUGAAAGUAGACAAGGAAGCUGAUGUUGUCUUGAAGUAUCUAAAGGAACAAUGCGGUGCAAAGAAGAUUGGUAUCGUUGGGUUUUCCUGGGGUGGAAUGGCAGUACAUCACUUGAUGCUGAAAAAUCCUCAAUUAGCCGCUGGGGUGUCCCUCUAUGGAAUAGUAAGAGACUCUGAAGAAAGAUACCGUUUACUAAAUCCCACAUUUUUCAUUUUUGGUGAGAAAGACCACACGAUUGCUUUAGAUCAGAUCUUCUUAUUGGAGGACAAGCUGAAACAGUACUGUAAAGUUCCAUACAAAAUUAAAGUUUAUCCUGGGCAAGUUCAUGGGUUUGCACAACUGAAGCCAGAAGAUAUGAAACCUGAUGAUAAACCUUAUAUUGAAGAAGCUAGAAGGGAUAUGAUUGAUUGGAUCAAAAUGUUCGUUUGACAAUAGAAGAAAGAAAUGCUAGGCUUCAAGACCAGUGAUUAAUUUAAUUUGAAAGAAGUAAACAGUCAAGGGAAAAUGAUCUCAUUUUGAAAGUUGACAUAAACUAGAAUAGGAACACUUUAAUUUAUAUCUUUAAAUUAUUUUGGACAAUAUUUACAGAAGAUUGUGAAAUAAAAGUCAGACUAAAGGAUGAUUAGG